GAUCACCACAUCCACAAUGGUUUUCAUCAUAUGUUUAGCAGCUCUGAUCGCAGCGGCCAGCGCCAAUAACUUCGGCCAAAACAUCGCCCUGAACCGCCCCACCGGCUCGAGCAGUGUCUUCGUCAACGGUGUGCCCCCAAUCACCGCCAACUCAAACCUCGCCGUCGACGGCAACUUCAACUCCGACUUCUUUGGCGGCUCAUGUUUCUCUAGCGCUGAUGUGGCGACAGAUCCCAACCCCUUCUGGUUCGUGGACCUGGGUUCCCGGGUAUUCGUGUCCGGCCUCACCCUCACCAACAGGGGCGACUGUUGUGCUGAUCGUCUGAGUGGUCUGACAGUCGAGGUCUUUGAGUUCAAUCCCACAACCAGUACCGAGACUCCCGAGUUCUGCUCCACGGUCAUUGGUGGAGUGGCCCUUGGUCAGACUGUCUCACUCUCCUGCUCUCCGAUGGUGACUGGACGCUACGUCCGUAUCAGAAAACCCUCCGCCACCGCCCCUCUCACCAUCUGCGAGGUCGUUGUGUCCGGAGGCAACAUCAAACCGAAAUUUAACGGUGUCAAUCCCACCAACGUCGCCCUGAAUCGCCCAGCGCGCGCUACCUCGCAGUUUACUUUCGCUGCCGCCAACCUGGUUGCCUCCCCUGGCCUCGCCGUGGACGGCAACUUUGACAGCCAGUUCGUCACCGGAAGGAGCUGUUUCUCCAGCACCACUGGUGAUUUAACUCCCACCUUCUACAUCGACCUCGGCGCCUACUACUACAUCAGCUCCGUCACCGUCACCAACAGAGGCGACUGUUGUGCCGAGCGUCUCCGCAACAUCGACGUCGGGAUCCUUAUAAAGGACCCCUUCAAGUUCCUGGAGUUCCCACAUCUCUGUGGUAGCAUCACUGGCAACGUCGCUGCAGGAGCGAACUUCACCGUCAACUGCUUCUAUCCCGCCGUUGGCCGCUUCAUCAAGAUCCAGAAGACCAGUAUGGUCGACAGCAACGACCUCUUAACUCUCUGUGAAGUUCAGGUCAGCGGAAGGUCCGCUUCCCACAGCGAGGUCACCAACAAGUUUGUGGACGAUGACGUUCAGCGUGCAGCGUUUGAAAACAACGCUGGUCUUACCAAUGUAGAUAUCGGUCGUGUCAAUGCUGCCUUUGAUUUUGGUUUCAACGAGAAGUGAAGAAGUCAUGGUUGAUUUGUGACGACCCAUUACUUUCCCUGGAACACAUUUUGAGUGUCUGCAUCAGCAAGUCCUGGCUUGAUGUUUAUGCCAUUAUUUGCUAAUAUACAUGUAGAUGCCAAACAUUUUGUUCCAGUGCAAAGUAAUA